AUGUAUCCUGAAGCUGGACCAUCACGUCCCUCUUCAUCUUCAACUUCGUAUCCCAGUAACGCUAGUAACAAGUUACCCCCUACACCUUCUGGAUCUGGAUCUGGUUUACCAUCGAGGGUAUCAAGAUGGGAUGGUGAGUAUGAUAGAGAUAGGGAUAGGGAUGAAAGGAUAGGUGGUGGUUAUCCUCCAUCUUCCAGCUCAUCCUCCUCUCGACAAUAUGCCAUUCCACCAUGGCAAAAUCGCGCACCCCGACCAGGAGGUAGUAAUGUCUAUCGACCUCAUUCCUCCUCUGGACCUGGACCCGGCUCUCGACCUAGGAGUCUAACACCAUCGCCACCACGUAGAAUGCCCUAUGAUCGAGAGCGCGAACGAGAUCGGGAUCGUGAGAGGGACCGAGACAGGGAUAGGGAUAGAUUUGAUGUUCGAGAUAGGUUAAGUCUUGAUUCACCCGGUGCACCUUAUCGAUCGUCAAAUGGUCCAGAUGGUCUACCACCAAGAAGAGUGUCAGGUUAUGCUCCCCCCCCAAGGGAUAGAGAACCAAGUUGGUCAUCUAGAUGGAGAGAAGACAGGUAUCCCCCGAGAGAAAGGGAGAGGGAUGAUCCUCGUUCAUCCGUACCUUCAAGAUAUCCUCCCCCACCACCGCGCUCACCACCAUCUGCUCCUAGAGGUCCAAGGUCAGGAUCAGUAUCCGCGUCUACCGCUCAAACUCCUCCAUCAUAUUCUUCCAGGUUACCUUCCACCUCUGGUCCAAGUAGAUCGAAUAAUUAUACUCCGAAUAGAGAUUCUUUCACUUCUCGUCAAUUCGAUAGAUCGGUCAGUGUCGGUGGAACGGGGCCUGGACCCGGCGGUCCUUCGACAUCUCGUCCUGUAUCUCCUUCACUCUCUGCUUCUGGAGCACAAACGCGGCUCAGAGGUUCGUCCAGUCCAGUUGAAAGUAAGAGACCUAGAGACACGGAUGGUCCCUCUAGUGUACCUACUUCGCAAAUUCCUUUACCUGACGUCAAGCCAUCAGCGGAAGAACAUGAUUUGGAAGAGGGAGAAGUGAUCUCACCUGUGCAGGCUACGACGGUACCUUCUUGGUCGUAUGAUGAGAGAUCUAGAAGGAACUUUACGCCUCCUCGAGAUCGUGAGAGAGAUAGGUGGGAUAGGGAUAGAGCAAGGGAAAGGGAUAGAAGACCUCUUUCACCACCUUUACCAUCAUCUACUUUUGGUACUAGAAGAAAUCUUGACGAUACCUGGACUCAUAGUAAUAGGAAUGAUAGGAAUAGGAAAAGAAGCUCCUCGAACCCUCCUGCAAGAUGGAAUUUAGAAGAUGGUCACGGUCAGGAACUGUCAUCGUCGGUAUCAAUGCCUUCGCAACGAUCACCUAGAAGAUCAGUAGGUCAACCAGAAGAAGGAGAAGUGGCUACUGUCCGGGCUACUAUACGAGAUGAUCAGAUGCAAAAGGAGGAUGAUGAUGAAGAGAAGAAAGUGGAUAGGCCACCUACACCUCCUGUACCACCCCCUGCGACUCGGAAUUAUACUGCGAAUAGUACCUUGGACGUUGUGGAUAUACCUUCAAGACCUGAUACACCGUCUCUCCCACCUCCACCUGCUGAUCAACCAUCAUCAUCGUCACUGGCACUCCCUGAAUCGGUAUCUGUGUCAGAUGGGCAGCCGGCAAGAACGAAGGUGGAUGUGGAAGCUAUACCUGAUAUAUCUACAUCUGAUGAUACGAAGAAUAUUCCUGCUAUUGAUAUUCAUGGGGAACCAAUACGUUCGGAUGAAGAGACGAAGAUGACUGUUCGGAUAUCAGAGAAUGAUGCGAGUAGUGAUGAUGUUUUCAGGAACGAUAAUUCGGCAAUGAAAGCUGGUCAACAGGAUGUACAGAAGGACCGACCACAUGUCGAAGCUGAAAAGCAAGAUAUCGAAAGAUCCCAGGAUACUGCUGAUACCCCUAUGGAAGUCGAUGAACCUGUAGUACCAGAAUUCACACCAUCAAUGGAGGACCGAAUAAAGGAAGGUGAAGCGAAGACACCAGCGUCAUCUCUUCAAGCAUUGCCGAAUGGUCAUGUGGAAGCCGUUUUCAAUACACCGCUUGACAACGAGACUGUUCCAGGGAUGAAGGAAGAUACAGGCAACGACAUCGCUCAGACAAAACCCACUUCUCCAGUUCUCGCUCUACCUACACGCAGCUCACCUUCAAAAGCCGCUAUCGACUCUGUUUCUCUCAUCCAGGAAACGUCUUCUGUGUUGGAAACGGUACAGACCGAGGCUAAGCUUGGUCACGCUUCCACCAUUGCGGUGUCCCACGACGAAGUAGAGUCCGCUGUAGUUCAGGUCCAAUCACCCACAACCAUCACCUCCGACAAAGUUGCCAUUCCCGAAACUCCAGCCAGUCCACUGGCACGGCGUGUUACUAUUGCUGAACGAAGAGCUGUCCAAUUGCCCUCUACCAAGGGGCCAUUGUCAUCACCUUUUGGCGACAGUGAACCCAGAAAAGAUCCAAUGCCUACAGCAUAUUCCACUUCAACGGAUGCCGAGACUGAAGCUGGACCCAAGACCGCAGAUAUCGACGAAGCGGAUACACCUAUAUUGGAAGACGCACCUGAAGAGAUCAAACAAGCCAACCUCAUCGCUGCUAUCAAAGCUAGGCAGACAAAGCAGACUAUCACCUUCGAUCCGGUGUCCAUCAUAGCUUGGAAUGUAUCGGCUGCCCCUGCGCACUCAUCCCGAACAAUAGCGACAGAUGACAACGACCGUUCAGUGAUGUUGAAGAAGACCACCUGGCCACUCAGCCGCCAACAACGCAUCGUAGCGAAACUUGUAGCUAGCACGCUUUCACGGGAGAAGGAAGAUCUCGCAGCCAAAUCUGAGAGACUGAAGAACGAAUACCUCGAGCUCGAUCAAGAAUGGCAAGAACAUUGCAACUUCCUAGAUUCGCUCAUGGAGAAACGUGGAGAAGUUCCAGCGGAUCUGUAUGCUGUUCCUGGUGCUUUGCCUGUUGUCACGCCCGGUCCAGUCGCACCUACCACACCACUACCUGAAGAUCUGUAUAAUGCCCGAGGUAAUAGACGAAGAGGUGCGGGAGAUGCUGUACAUACCGAGGCAGAGUUCGAGGCGAUCCUCGCUGGUCUUGCUGAUACAGCAGCGAAAGAUCCGACCUAUCGAGCCAAUAAGACUUCAGCUGUUGUCCCCGAUAUGCUACUGGACGAAGAACGUAAACUUCGGUAUGACGACGAUAAUGAUCUAGUGGAAGAUCCAUUGGCAUUCUACGAUUUCAAAGGUAACGCAGAACCUAUUUGGACGACCGAAGAACGUGCUAUCUUCGUUAGAAGAUAUAUGGCUUAUCCGAAACAAUUCGGUAGAAUCGCUGAUGGUAUCCCCAACAAGUCUGCUUCCGACUGCGUAUUGUACUACUACCGUACGAAGAAAGAGGUGGAUUAUAAGGGUAUGUUAGCUAGUAAACGUGGUGGAGGUAAGAAGAAGACUAUGCCGAUCAAGAAGGGAGGUAAAAGUUCUGCUCUUUUGGCCGAUAUGGAUAGACAGAAACCGACUGUCUCAAAUGAAGUCAAUACACCUGGCAGAGGAGGUAGAGAAAGGGAAGAGUCGGUUAUACCUGGCACAAGCGCUAGAAAAGGUAAAACAGUGGGAACUCCUGCCGAAGGAAACGGACCCGGACGAAGAAGGAAGACAACCGCACCUAGUAUCGCUUCUACGACCAACGACGAUGAUGAGAAGCUUGACUCGAAUGUCACAUCUAGAGCAGGAAGUGAAGCUCCUUCGGUUGUCACUUCGAAAGCUAAGAUGAGAGUUACGAUGAAGACUGCUAAACGCCCUCGAGUCAGCUCUAUAUCGGAAAUCAACGCUGCUCGUCCAUCUGUACCUUCCACUCCUUCUGCUCUCACUGUUGUCGAUCCCAUGACUUCGAAUCCUACUGUUCCGGUCACCGCUACUACGUCCACACCCGGUCCAGCUCCUGUCACAGUUAUUGCAGGCGCAACACCUACGAAUGAAUCCCUCGAUCCGACAACCGCUCAAUCUGAACUGCUUCCUCCAGUCAAACGAGCAGGUAAACGACGGAAGGUUCUCGCGGAAACAUCUGAGGGUACGGCCGAUCCCAAUGCUACUCCUAUCGCCAACUCGAUUUCCACUCCUGGAGCUACUCCGAUGGGUACAGGGGCAGCAGAGAAACCUACCAGACGGUCAGCGACCAACUCGUAUUGGUCAGUUGAGGAGAAGAGGAGGGUGAAAGAACUUGUUUUGGUUCAUGGGGCGGAUGUCAAAGCGAUCGCAGCUGAGUUGAAGGGUAAAUCAGAGAGACAAGUCGGGAAUUUCUUGGAAGGACAUAGAAACGAAUUGGUAGAUGGGACUGGGGCGCCCCUCCCUCCGUUGAAUUUGGGAGUCAUCAAAGCUGAAGAAGACAAGAGGAGUUUGACUAGAAGAGUAUCACCAGUAGCUAGUUUAUCCGGAAGCGGGACCUUCCGUUCUGCUCAACCCACUCGAACAAUCUACGAUGCCUACCCAUCAUUCAUGAGUCAAGAUCGAUACGAACCUAGGUUAGGCAUGUUCCCUCCUAGUCCACCUCAUGCACCUGCUACAGCCACACCAACGAUGCAGUCCGGCGGUAUCCCGGAUUCUAGCCCUUUGAAACCUGUCUCACGGACGGGCGGCAUGCGAAUAUCAGCCUUACUCAAUGACGAUGCACCUGCAUCUUCUUCCAUCGUCGACAGACGACCGUCAACCGCUCACUCCAAUCCGGAUACCAUCGAUGCCGCAUCGGAUGGUACAGUGGACGAACGGGAUAUAGACGGAAUGACCAGACCUUCACCUAGAUCUGUCGCGCCGGUACCCACAUCGGCUGCUACUUAUGGAAGGUACGACCAGAGACCGGAUCUUGACCGUUAUCGGUCCUCAUCCUCCCUACCAGCUGCCUCGCCAUAUCCUUCGAGUACGACAUCAUGGUCGAAUGGGACAUCCAGAAAUGAUAUAUAUUCUCACAGAGCGGCAACUACCACUCCAGUCCCUAUACCAUCUAUGACACAUAGACCAUCUUGGUCAGAUUCCAAUGCUCAUCAUUCGCCUCAUGCUGUACCACCUGUACCCGUGCCUGUAGUGCACCGAUCAAAUUCUUACGCACACGCACCGAACGGGAAUUAUGAUUCAUCACAUCACAAUCAUAAUCACCAUCACCAUCACCAUCACCAUCAACAUCAUGGUGUCUCACCAUAUCCUCCAGAUCGAUCAUACGCUCGUGACUAUCCUCAUCACCAUCAUCAGCAUCAACAUCAAAAUAGCUUACCACCCUUGAAAAGCACUGUCGGUCCACCUCCUCUGAUGGGACCUGGGAAUCAUACUCAUACUAGUAAUCAUGGGAAUUCGGGUGCCUCGACGCACCGUCCAUACGAGUAA